AUGGAGGUCUUCGAUGCAAUCGAAGAUGAGGACGCAGUUGUGGAUAAAAUCUUUAUUGCUCCACCCGUGGUCAGUUUCGAGUCUGACGAAGACACGGGCGAGGAAGACUGCGGAGGAACGUUCAAUAAACUCUCGGUACGGCAGCUUAGCGCUCCCGCCGUGGUGGUCCUCGCCGACGGACGUGUGAUCGGAGAUGAUGAUGAUGGCGACACUGAGGAAGAAGAGGAGCCCCAACAGGCCUCCACCUCAAAGAAACGCUCGCAGAAAGAUGUGUUGGACUACAAUUGGACCAACAGUAAAACGCGCCUGACAAAAUUCCCGGACGCCAGGCCUCUCGCCGUCCCCACAAUUUUGGUUGGAAAGAGCGCAGUUCAGAAGCUGGACUUCUUCCUUUCCGAUGUAUAUCCUCACCUUGUUCGCGAGACCAUCAAGUAUGCGGCGGUGACUGACUCCAACUUCCAGCUCACCAUCGGAGAAUUGAAGCGCGUGGUGGGGAUCUUGCUGCUCUCGGGUUACCACCAGCUCCCCAGUCGCCGACACUACUGGAACACAGAUGAAGAUCUCCAUUGCGCCCUCGUCGCUGGGGCCAUGUCACGCAACAGGUUCGAGGAGAUCAUCCGCUACAUUCACUGUGCCGACAACACGCGCCAGAACAGCAGCGACCGGAUGACAAAGCUGCGUCCCAUGAUGGACAUCCUCAACGCUCGGUUCGGGGAGGCGUAUCCAAUGGACUGCAAUCUUGAUCUGGACGAGGCAAUGAUUGAAUACUUUGGAAGACACGGAUGCAAGCAAGCAAUCCGAAACAAGCCGGUGCGGUUCGGCUACAAGGCCUGGUGCCUGAACAGUGGGACCAACGGCUUCCUGCUCCACUUCGACAUCUACCAGGGGGCGAGUGUAGAUGCCUCUGAAGUGGAACGCAAGUUCGGCAAGGGCGGUGGCACGCUCCUUCGACUUCUGGACAACCUCCCCGAUGCUGUGCGUGCACUUCCGCUACGCAUCUACAUAGACAACUACUUCACCGGCCUCCCGCUAGUUGCAGAGCUGCGCAGAUCAGAAGGCUAUGAAGAGGAAGCCGCGUGGUACACGACAGACACGGCAAACAAGAUUGCGCUCACUCGGUGGAAGGAUAACGCCGUGGUCACCAUCGCCUCCACCCUCGCCGCUGAGCAUCCUCUGCAGAAGGUGUCACGCUGGUCAAGGCAGGAGAAGAAGAAGGUGGCAGUGGACCAGCCAUUUGUUGUCCAGCUGUACAACCGCAGCAUGGGCGGCACGGACCGCGCCGACCAGAGCAUCGAGCUCUACCGCAUCAACAUGCGCCGGAAGAAGUGGUGGUGGCCGAUAUUCACCUGGAUGCUGGACGCGGCCGUCUUCAAUGCAUGGGUGCUGCACCGGCUGGAUGAGCACAGCGGGAUGUCUCUGCUGGAGUUCCGACGCGAGGUGGCCCGAACUCUGGUUGCAGCACCAGGCGCCACUCGAGCUCGGAGAUCGGGCAGACCGCGCGUGUGCGCAGUUGCCGAUGACUCCCGCUUCGACACCGUGGAGCACUGGCCGGAAGUGGCGGCGCAAGGCCGAAAGUGCGCACUGCCGACUUGCAAGUCGCGUCCGUCCAGUGCGUGCUCCAAGUGCCUUGUGGCACUGUGCACUGUGAAGUGUUUCCGUGCUUACCACCAGCCGGAAUAA